AUGGGCAGCUCUGCACAGCCAUGGUAAGUGCGAUAGCUAAAUGAUUAAGUUGUGACUGCUGUUGGCAAAGGAUGGAUUGCUUUCCUUGUGACCAACUAAGAGCUGCGUCAUAUUUUGCAAGCCUGGCCUACAACUGCAUCCUGUCUGUAUCAUCCUAAUACAAGGUCCCACCAGCCCAAUCACUGUGUAGUAUAGCCUGAGGAGCUUUCAAUCAUUCUGCUUUCCCAACCCCACCCAUACCAGCUUCCAUGAAUGCACCAUAGUGGGCAUGGUUGCAUAAGUCAGGUAGAUUCAGACUGGGCCUGAAUCUGCAUAAUUAUAGGGGAGAGUGGGGUAAGAUGAGCCAUUUUUUCAUGUUUCGGAUCACUACAUCAAGGCAAUCAUAGUUUUGUCUCUAACUAGUGUAUCUGCAUAUAUUUCAAGAUGUUGUGCAUCCCUGCAAACCAACAGGAUGAGUGUAAAUAUAACUGUCUUGAUAAUAUGAUUCAAAUGAUUAGCUCGUUAUCAAGCUCUGUAAUGGCUUAAUAACGAGCUGAUAAUUUGAAUCAGGUGUGUUGGAGCAGGGAAACAUCCAAAACAUGCAGGACAGUGGACCUCGAGGACUGGACUUGAGAACCACCGGUCUACACUAUACUCUACUUACAAAAACCUGAUGCAAAGAUGGGAUAAGACUGAGCCCCAUAUUGUAAGAUCAGACCCUGUCCCAUACUAGCAUUAUGGGACAGCAUUUAGCAAGGUGCAGUGGCAGAGAAAAAUGUCCUCUUAGUUUUAAUGUCCUUGAGCAGAACCAGACUCAUGAAAGACAGUCAUCAGCCCUACUGUAUAUUGUUAGUAUUACAAAAGACUGUGAGUUGACUUGGGGCCCUGACGUUUGACCCGUGUUAUUGCUGAGCCUCACAGCAUACUGGAUUGAUUCCUCUGCUUUCCAGUUUAAUGGUGGUCCAGUUCAGCUGAUAUUGUGAUCCAAUAGGGGAGAAAAAAAGAAAUGUAGAAGGGAAAAAACAAUAAAAGAAAGCCAAGUUAAUGACCAACAUUUACUUUCUAUGAGUUGUAGCGUUGCUUUGAGUUUAAGCAUUUAGUAUUAGCACUUAUACCAGUUGCAUAGCUUUUAUAAAACAGAGCAUGUAAAAUAGAUAAUAUUUAAGUUUGACAACAUAUUUUAUUUUAUUAAGUGAGUUUUUUUGUAGAAAACAACAAAAACUGUGUGAACCUCAACCAUCUCAGCAAAUAUAAGUAUCUGAUUGGGACUUUGUCUUAACGCAGAUACUUAGUAUUAAAAACAGUUAGUAUCUGGGCCAAAAAGAGCAGAUCAGGACAUCCCCAGACAAAACACUCAAUCCUCUACACUGUCGGGUCCCAUGAUAAUUUUGCCACUGUUUUGCUCCUAGGUUGCCAUGGGUGACAGUUCGUCAUGAGUACAUUGGCCCGAGGUCCUACCAGGUAUCUCCUGUCACAUCUGUGAAAGAUGUCAAACAACUGCUCUACGAGGAGACAGACCUGCCUGUCAUACAGCAGCAUCUUACUCACAAUGGGAGACUGGUAUGUUUUUGUCUAUGAAAAAUGAUGUAGAUUUUCUUCUUCUUGAACUGCUUUGAAACUCUCCAAAUUAGGUGCCAGAUUUCACCUGUAGUAGAGUAUUUUUGCACCAUGUAACAGAAAAAAUCAAAAGGAUUUGCCCUUUUUCACCACUUACAUUUUAACACUUUCCAGUUUCUCUGUGCAGUAGAAACAAUCAGGGACUUCAGUGAUUCACAGACUUGUGAACAUUUAUUUUCAAGUUUACAGCUGCAAAACUUUAUAUGAUUGAGAACACACUGAUAGGAUCAUUCAGGACCUAAUGAUGACUUAGAUGCCAUAUACAACCCUGGUUGUGUGUCAGUAUGUGUGUGACAUCAGGGCAGAACUCCGAUGUUCACAUUACAGAGAGUAAAGGAAAAUUGUAAAUCUGUAGAGAUAGAAAUGACAGGCUGCCAUGUUUUGCAGGGCUGAUGUUUUGAUGAGUUCGAUAGUAAUGUACAUACAAUGGGCCUUUGCAUGAUCUGUAGAGAUCAGGGGGUAAUACUCUCAUAUCGAAUCACUGUUUCAGCAAAAACACUGAUAUUUUCUAAUGAGAGCACAGCUGCAAAGCAAACACACUCUUAUGGUCACAUCCUACUGUCAUGUUAAUGCACCCUCUAAAUAGCAGGAAAGCACUCUCAGACUUAAGAAAAGGUUUUUAUAGCUUUGAGGUCCAGAUGCUUUGUGCCCCCUCAAAGUAGCAUUGCGCCAUGUUUGUGACUGACUAGACCUCAUUUCAAAACCAAAACACCAAAGGGUGCUCACAUGGGUUCGAGUUCACCUUCUAUUUAUGUAGCACAGGGCCUGUCAAGUAGGUGGGGCAGAAAAUAACAAUGUCAUUUAACACUGUACACCAAAAUACCCUCUGAUAAGUAAUAAAUACAGCCCUUCAUGUUGAUAUUGAAAUCCAAUAACCAAACAGAGAAACUUCUUCCUCCAAAACUCCAACUUGAGCUUGUCUAAGAAAUUUAUAGAUACACAACAAUAUCUUUAGAGUAGAGCAGAGUAUCUGCAGUCUAAGGAUAAGUUAGUCUUAUUUCUAGUCACCAGCAGAGGGUACUGUUCAUAAAAACAACCUUGUGCCCAUUGCCAGUACAAGCACGAGGAUAUCUUUUUAGGGAUCACAAAAAAAUGUACAGGUAAGUGGUGACAAGAUACAAGAUCUAGACUUUGACAAAAUGUCAGAUAGAUUAGCAUCCUAUAUCCUAUAAAUAUCACCAAAUUAGUUUCAUACAGUAUGUUUCCGUGAGACAUUCUCUCAUGAAAUACCUCACUACUCAUACUGUAAAUCCUAAAUUAAUAAAAAUCUUAAUUUUAUAUUAUAUUCUGUGGCCAGGAUACUUAUAAUAACCAAGAUUAUGGUUAUUGUUGGACAAAGCAAAAACAUAUCAACAUACAGAACAGUCUGUGUAUGUCUAUGGCUCAACCUCUAAUUACUUAAUUUUGCAGUGUCAACAUCAUGUUAAUAAUUUUAUAUAUGGUGUGUGGCUUUGCUUUUUGCAGUAAAGCUGAUCCAUCACCAGAAGUUUAGUAUAAAAAUGUCAUUUUUAUGGUUUGUGGCUUUGUUUUCUUUUUGCAAUCUGGGUGUUUUACAGAAAGAGAGAGGUAUAAUUUUUUUUCUAAAUAAAGACAUAAGGAACCAUUUAAAUUGAUGCUAACUUGACUGGCACACAGGAUCUCUGUGAAUAAUGCAGUUUGUUUUUGGCAGGAGACCCUCAUUUUGAGUAAAAUUAAACAAUUGUAAUUCUCAGAGACUGAGAGAAUUUGAUUUAAAGGCUCUCUUCAAAUAAAAACCUGCUUCAAAUAAAGGCCUGGUACCUGAGUCAGUCAAAACAAACCUCAGGCCCAGCCUAUAUUUAAGUAGUUGCGGUAUUAAUUUAUUUUGUAAUAAUUUUCUCCACAUUUUGUUUUUCUAGCUGGAUGACAGUGUGCAGAUCGGGUCUUUGGUGCCCGCUGGAAGCCAGGAGGUAGCUGUUACCCUGGAGGGAAGAGGCCUAAAAGGAGGAGGUAGGACCGAAACAACCACAUAUUUGUAAUAUAAGCAUUCCUUACUGUGCUGACAGCCUACUUAACUUUGCUAUUGCAGGGAGGUUUGGACAGACUACACCACCACUGGUUGAAUUUUUAAAAGAUAUUUUGAGAAGGUACCCUGAGGGUGGACAGAUUCUGAAAGUAAGUGUGACUUACAUAGUUGUUUGAGACAAAUCUUAGACUGUGUCAUUUGGGGAAUGUGCCCUUAGUCAAAAAAAAAAAAAAAAGUACAGUUGCUUCUUUUUAACUUUUAACCAUGUAACCAUGAACUAUAUCAAGGAAUUUUUCAGGACUUCACUUCGCUGCCAAAAAGCAGCUUUAUUUGACACUGUUUUGCAGAUGUAACAUAUUCCUCCAGAUGCAGCUUACUUUUGAAGGCCACGUAAAUUUGCUGUGUACAGUGGUAGUAAUACUGUAAAUUCAUAUGUUUGUCUGAGAUCAUUUUAAGCAACCAGUGCUAAACAUCUGGUGGGUUAUUAUGUUUAUUUCAGUCUUCUUAUCUGCUGCUAACACAGUGUAUAAAGUAAUCAUAUCGGAUGUGUCAUUGUUUUUAAUAGCAAUGACACAACCCAUAGACCAUGGGUUGUGUCAUUGCUAUUAAAAACAGUAAAAGCUGAAAACUUUCUUUGAUGACACUUGGCUCUUCCAGUUUUUCUUAUUAACUUGUUAGACUUGAAACUAGUCUAAAAAAUAUUGUGAGGCAGGGAACUUGGCAUGUGUAGGAAUGUAGACUGCACCCACUGAGUCAGUAUCCUUUGACUUAGUGCUAAAAUACUGUUGUUACCAAGCGCCACUUUUGAAAGGAGCAAUUCAUGGGGUUCAUAGGCACUGGCUCAUGGUUGAUACAUUUUCACCACCAGUAAACUUGGACCUUUCGUUGUACAGGAGUUUCUUUCAUCUAUCUUUGGUUGGGAACUCAGGUUCCCAGAAGUAUCCUUAUAAUAAAUGACAUGUUCAUUAUUGUCAAAAUCCCAAAGUUUUUUUUGGGUAAGGUAUAUUUUUUGUCCCCUUUGAGGGUGCAUGUAUUUACACCAAUACCGGUUAUUGAGUCACAUUUCUGCAAUUAGCUGAACAACACAGUUGAAUUGAUUGUCUGCAGGGUUCAAUAGCCUAGCUUUCUUACCAGUUAUCUGGUCAGUUUCUCAACAAAUGUACCAAGCUGAGUGGGAUCCCCUGUGGGUAAUACAGUAUUGACGACAUGCAUGAACAACUCCAAUUAAAAAACAAACCAUCAAAAAUAAAGUUAAAGCUUAAUUCAGAGUUUUGCAGAUGAAAGCAUUCUCCUCAUCAGUUCAUGGGUCAGCUUUUCCAAAUGAAUGCAUUACUUGUGUCUUAACUUGUAGGAACUGAUUCAAAAUGCUGAAGAUGCUGGAGCCACCGAAGUCAGGUUCAUGUACAAUGAGACAGAAUAUGGAGUGGAGUCUCUGUGGUCAGCGAACAUGGCUCAGUAUCAAGGUCAGUUUCUAUGGUACACACAUGGGGUAGCUGUGGCUCAGAAGUAGAAUCAAUGUGGUGGGAACAUGUGAAUGUAACUUGUAAUCUAUAAGUGCCCAAAGCAUUUAGAGUGAGCAAAGGACAAGAGACAGAGCUAUGUGAAUAUAGUCCUUACACCAUUUACACUCCUCUUCAAAUGUAUUGGAACCAUAAAGCUGAUUUCUUUAUUGUUGGUGUAGACUGAAAAUAUUUGGGUCUGACGUCAAAAGAUAAAUAUAAGACAAGAGAUCAACAUUUUCAGUCUACACCAAAAAUAAUGGAAUUGGCCUCAUUGUUCCAGUUCUUUUAGAGGAAUGUGUAUAUACACAACAUGACAAAUGAGACCAUCUUGGGGAGAAUAAGAAUCAGGCCUCCUAUCUUUAAGCAGCUACUAUGUUGCAUGAUCCUCUGCUCUGAUACCCCUAAAAAAAGGGAGAUCUAUAAUAGAUUUGACACAAUAGUUAUUAACUGAAUAAACACCCAUGAUACAACAAACCUUUGCUGAAUAUGCAUCUUAAGUGAUACUUGCUGAUUUUAACUAAAUGGAUUGCAGGUACAGCACUGUAUGUCUACAAUGAUGCUGUCUUCACUAUGGAAGACUGGAACGGCAUUCAGGAAAUUGCAAGAAGCAGGAAGAGAGAUGACCCUUUGAAAGUGGGAAGAUUUGGGAUCGGCUUCAAUUCUGUGUACCAUGUCACAGGUGCGAGGUGUCUUGAAGCAAACUGUGACCCCUGUUAUUAAAUGUAAACUAGUUAUCAUGGCAAUAUAUUUAUAUACGGUAUAUAUUUACUCAGUGUUUGUUUUCACAUUUGUGCCAGAAAUAAGUCAUCACCAAUGAGUUGAGAUAUACAUCAGAACAGAUCAGUGGAAAAUAAGUGGUUCAGACACGAUUUUAUUAAAUACACUUUGACACCAUCACCAAGUAAUAGACCCAGACAAAUGAUAGAUAUUAACAUUCAAAACAUUUGAUAAGAGAAAGUUGCUUUUGUAUUUCUCAAAUUGUACAACCCUGAAAUUGAUCAUUAUCAAUCUUAUUUUAUUCACUAAAUUUAUUGAGUCUACAUCCCCAAAGCCAAAAUGGUCAGAACACAGUUUUGAGGUUUUUGUACUCAUAUAAACCCUUCAUCUGAUCUAAGCAUAUAGUGUUUGAGCAGGGCAUGAAAGGCAAGCUCUCCUGGAGGAACUAACCGCUGAGCUUAUCCUCACAUCUGAUGGCAAUGUCAGAUACUCAUGCUAUUUGAGCUGCUUCAGCCUGCCUUCUCUAGCUGCUUCCAUCUGCAACUGUCAUUGUUGCACACAACUUCAAACAUUUGGAUCCAAAAGUAAAUUUUUCUAUCACAUGUGAAUUAACAUACAAAGAGCCAAAUCUUUUAGCAAGGCUCAAUAAUAGAAGGAUCCUGGUCCUAAAUUAGCCUACCAGCCGCCUGAUUGAAAACAUUUGAUGCAUGAUGAAAAUUAAAAAUACCACAUAGAAGACUCCUUCCUGACUGUUGAGCGGAAAACCUCAAAUUCCUAACAUUUCAUACCGCAUCCUAGCUUUUUUGGAAUUGGUGUUGCAACUAAAAUAUGAUGCAAAAUUGUUACUGUUUAUUGGAAUCCAAGAAGCAAAAGGCAAAGCUUGCUUUGUCUGGAAAGUAAUCUAAUUAUUAGAGAUAAUAAAUUAAGAAAAAACACAUAACACAUUGUAAAAAAGGUUAACAACUCCCUGAAGUUUUAAUUUAGAGUAUUUGUGUUUUCUUCUCAAUGUCUAGAUGUACCUGGUAUAUUCAGUGGAGACCAGAUUGCCAUGCUGGACCCUCACCAGACCUUGUUUGGAGUCCAUGAGUCUGGACAAUGUUGGAACUUAAAGAAAGACAUAAAAGAGAUCACAGAACUGGCAGACCAGUUUUCUCCCUACAUUGGGAUUUUUGGGAACUCUGAGAAAAUCUUCAAGGAUGGCAGCUUUCCAGGAACAUUAUUUCGCUUCCCACUCCGCAUGAAACCAUCCCAGCUCAGUGGCAACAUUUACAACAAAGAAAAGGUUUUGGAGCUCUUUGAGUCUUUCAAAGCAGAUGCAGACACUGUGCUCCUUUUCCUCAAGAGCGUUCAGAAGAUCUCCUUGCAUGUACGAGAGUCUGAUGGUACAGAACGUUGUCUGUUUCAGGUUACAGCAACAGAGAACACUGAUAAUAAAUUAGAAAGGCUGAAUGCACUGAAGACUCUGAAUCAGGGUGUAGACAACUACAGCAAUGGUGUGCCCAUGAGUAAAGUCACAUGUGUCACAUAUAAGGUCAGCAUAGAGACACAGGAUGAAACAGCUAAAGAGACUCAGAGGACAGACUGGCUGGUUUGCAAUGGUGUUGGGAGUAGAGGACUUUGUGCUACGUUGGACUCUCUGGCAGAUGAGUUAAAGUUUAUGCCCAUCGUUGGCAUUGCUCUGCCUAUUACUUUGAUCAAUAAAGAAGAUGAGGGUGCCACAUCUGGUUUCUCAGGACGAGCUUUUUGCUUCCUCCCUCUACCACCUGGAGAGGAGAGUGAGACAGGACUUCCAGUUCAUGUAAGCGGCUUCUUUGGCGUCACAGACAACCGCAGGAGUAUCAAGUGGCGGGAAGUGGACCAGUGGAGGGAUCCAGCAGCAUUGUGGAAUGAACUUUUGAUAAAAACUGUCAUCCCUAAGGUUUAUUUUACACUCAUAAGUGACACGAUCAAAAGGGUACAAGCAAAAAAGGACCAAGACCUCACACUAUCUCCUACAGGGAGCUAUAGGGCUUGGCCAGACCCUGAGCAGGUCAAGUCUCACUGGAAAACUAUCCUUAAACCACUGUAUCAAGAUUUGCUGCAGGAGCAAGUCAUUUAUUCACUCAGUGAUGACUGGGUGUUGGUGGAUCAAGCUGUCUUCUCAGAGCUUGACAAAGACAUUGACGUUUCAGAGACUGUGAUUAACUACCUCAAAAGCUCAGGAAUGCAGGUGGCAAAGGUACCCGCAACUGUGAACUCAGUCUUAACUACCUACUCUGAAAUAAAAAAGGUAACGCCAUCCUUCUUGCGACAAGUGAUCAGGAAGUACAAACAUGAAGGUUCCUCACAGGAAAAGCUGCUGCUGCUUGAGUUUAUUCUCAGUGAUGGGGAUUACAGUGACCUCAUUGGAUUGGAGCUCCUGCCACUUCAGGAUGAAACAUUUACAUCAUUUUCAUCUCCUGUCAGUGAAAAUGAUGCCAUUUACAUCGCAUCUGGAGAAUUCCCCAGGUAGGAAUACAUUGAAAUAGUCUAUUUACACAACAAAGCAAAGUUUGCAUGUCUACCAAGUUGCAAUUCUUAUUUUAUAACACAAAGUAUCCAAUGUUUUUUGUGUGGCCUUAGGUCUCUGUAUCCUGGUCUUGAGGGUCAGUUCGUGUCGGAAAGCAUUAAACCUUCAAUACUGGGUGCUUUGAGGACAGCAGCAAAAACCAAAGGUACUGUCUAAUGUUUUAUUUAUAGCCACAUAUGCAGGGUCAUCAUCAGAGGUUUCCAUCACACGAUGCAGGUCGCAGAGCACAGGCAGUAAUACUGAGCAGGAAAUAUAGGAUUUCCCACCCAGAAUCUCAGUUACACACCUGCAGUGAAGACACACAGCCACAUACACACAGAGGGAGAGAUGGAGGAAGAACAAAAUGAUUAUUAAAACAAGAUGAACGUAAUGUAUUUUCUUUUACAAAUGUAUUUUAUUUCAGCCUAAAUUGUGUCUAGAUUGCUUACUUGCAGGGCUCCAGAAGAGACUUCAGUUUCUCCAGUUUGUCCCAUUCAGUAGAUAAAGGGUCGCUUUAUCUACUGCUUGGUUGCGGUUUAGACAAUGUAGUAUCUUGAAAUUUUAUCCUUAACACUGAAAAGAUAAUUUACUUUAACUAUACAAGUCAUGCAAAAUUUGAACAAACUUGUGCAAAGACUUUGGUUUAUACAAGUGUUUAAAGAGUUUCUGUCUUUCAAAUAUAUAUAUUUUUUUAGGCUGUUGUGUUAAUUUCAACAUUUUUAAAGACAUAUGCAUUGGCUUCCACGUUUUUCAGACUGCAGAUGGUUUAAGACCAUCUAAAGUUUAAAGACAUUUCUAAUGGGGAAAAGGUUUUUCUUUAUCUCUGAAAAAGAGAGUCCUUUGUUGUGCACCUGAUAUAUUUUUGAAAGUGCUUGUUGCCUUUUGGUUAGAUUACUUGCCACAUGACUCAUUUUCCCUGAAUGCUUUAACAGCGGUAUACCAUAUCUAAAACUGCUGCUUAGUUGUUAUAGAUAACAUUCUUUUUGGUAAUAAUGACUAAUUAUAAAUAUUUUGUGAUUUGACAGGAGAACCCUGCACUCAGCUGCAAGAGCUGAACCCUGAACGAUCGGCUCGACUGAUUAAGGAGAUACUAUCUAAAGCCUGGACAACUACGGACUUCAUUGUCCAAUGGGAACCCGGGAACAGAGAGCUGGGGCAUCCUACGUUUUCCUGGCUUAAGAUGGUGUGGAAGCAUCUCUACACAAACUUUUCUGAUGACUUGAGCAUCUUUGAAGACAUGCCUUUGAUUCCACUCAUGCCACUUGAGGAAAGCGUUGAAGAGGUAAAGCUUCUACGUCUCAAAACUCCAUCCCCCAUAAUUCUCGCUGGUGGGGAAGAUGCGCAGCGCUCUGAGAGUCUAUUUAACAUCUUGGAAAAGCUGGGAGGCGUUGUGGUGAAAAAGCUUGAUCCAUGUUUGCAGCACCCACUGCUUAGGAACUACAUUCACCCUUCCUCUCCCAGUGUCCUUCUACAUAUUAUGGGCAGAUGGUCAAUGCAACAACUCUCCAGUAAAGUCUCUGUCUUAACUGUUGAGGAAAGGAUUACACUCAGAGGUUUUCUUGCUGCUUUAACUGAUAUAACGGAGAAAGAAAAGCAUACCCUGCUUGAGCUUUCCAUCUUUGAGAAAGUUGGGACCUGCUCUGAAGGUACCUCAGGAUUUACUUCACUGAAAGGAGCAAAGGCUUUACACCACAAAGCCAAGUAUAUGCCAGAUGUGAAGUUAUCUGUAGCUCUUGUUGCUUGCUCUGAUGAGGAAUCAAUUCGCCUAAUCAAGAUGCUAAAUGUGGAGCAAGUCAAAACCACUGACUACCUGAAGAUGAUUAAUCAGGAUAUUGAAAAGGGGCUUCACACAUUCGACGAGAUAACCAAAAUCAUGCUUUGGGCACUCACACAUCUAGCAUUUUUGAAAAAUGAAAACUCAUCAGUGAUUGGAUGGCUUUCCUCACUGAAGCUUAUACAGUUGCCUUCUGGCAAGUUAGUGAAGGCCUCUGACCUUUUUGAUCCUGAGCUGGAGAUUCUACAGAAUCUUUUUUACAUGGAAGAGAAAACCAGGUUUCCCACAAAUACAUACAGUUCUUCACCUGAUAUUCUUCAUUCACUCAGACAACUGGGACUUAAAAAUGAAGUACAGCUCAGUGAAAAGGAUGCACUCAAAGUGGCACUGAAAAUAGAGGAGUUACUAAGUAACAAGGAACCUCAGUGGGAACGCAUAAUCAAAAAAGCAAAAACACUCCUCCAAAUACUUAACAGGCAAACCAAGCUGAUAAAAUCAGCCAAUGCUCAGACAUCAUUGCUAAAAAUAAAAUGGGUACCUGUCUGCAAAGAACGACCUCUAACAUACCCUAAGUCUCUUGCCUGGGUUGGAGAUACUGUCAAUAUCUGCUCCUUGUCUGAAAUGUGUGAUAUUUCCCAUGCAGUACUGGUGGGAUCAUCGGUAGCAUUGGUUGAACACACUUCUGCAGGUAUGAAAAAGGCACUAAAACUAGCUUUAGAGCCACAGGUGGAUCAAGUUUUACAGCACCUGAAAGCUGUGAAUGACUGGCAUAAAUCUCAAGCGUUUACCACGGAGGACUGGUAUCAAUUCCAACAGAUCUUGUUUGAGAUUUAUGGUUUCAUGCAGGCUCACUUGGAAGAUGCUAGAGAAGCAAUGAAAUCACUGCUUUUCGAUUGGGUUUGGACAGGAAAGACAUUCUCAUCACCUUGCAAGACAGUCCUGAAACCCCUCUCUGAUCUUGACUUGCAGCCCUAUCUAUACUCCCUGCCAAAGACGAUCAGAAAGUUUCACAAGCUUUUCAAGUUUUGUGGUUCAGUAGAAGAGGUUGGCCCAAGCCAUGUGUUUGAAGUCAUCAGUACCAUACAGCAAAAAUGUGAAGGAGGGAUUACCAAGGAGGAAAGCAAGCAUAAUAUCCUACUCUUGACAAACAUCCUAAGAUGGUUGUACAAGAAUCAGAUACCUGUAGAUAUCAACAUGCAUGUCCCAAUUCUUUUUCAUAAAGACCCAAGUAAACUAGUCAUGAAACCUAUUCAUGAAUGCACCUACUGUGAUAUCAAGGUCGAUGACCUGAACGACUUACUUGACGAUGCAUCAGAGCCCAUUAUAUUGGUGCAUGAUGAUAUCCCCAUGAAAACUGCAGAGUGGCUGAAGGUGCCAUGUUUAAGCACCAGGUUGAUAAACCCAGAAAACCUUGGCUUUGAACAGUCAGGCCAGAGAGAACCACUCACAGUAAGAAUAAAGAACAUCUUGGAGGAAUAUCCAUCCAUAGCAGACAUUUUCAAAGAGCUUCUCCAGAAUGCUGAUGAUGCUUGUGCAACUGAGUGCAGUUUUCUCAUUGACAUGAGAAAAAAUACUGACAUUCUAGAAAAUCUCCUCGAUCCUGGGAUGAUUGUCUGUCAUGGGCCUUCCUUGUGGUCUUACAACAACUCUGUCUUCUCAGAUGCAGACUUUCUGAACAUAACAAGGCUUGGUGGAUCAGUCAAACGACGGGAAGCAGACAAAGUUGGCAAGUUUGGUCUGGGCUUUAACUCGGUUUAUCACAUCACUGAUAUCCCAAUCAUAAUGAGCAGAGAGUUCAUGAUCAUGUUUGAUCCAAACAUCAAUCACAUAAGCAAACACAUUAAGGACAGCUCUAAUCCAGGGAUCAAAAUCAACUGGAGCAAACAACAGAAAAGGCUGAGAAAAUUUCCAAACCAAUUCAGACCUUUCAUCAAUGUAUUCAACUGCCAGCUUCCUCUUGCACAGGAUUCUCCAUACAAAUACAAUGGCACACUGUUCAGACUACCAUUCAGAACAGAGCAGGAAGCCUCAGUGAGUGAAAUCAGUAGUCUUUACUACAACACCACAGACAUCUACUCCCUGGUUGAUGAGUUCAGCAUAUGUGGCCACAAGUUCAUUCUGUUCACCCAGCAUGUUGGAGAAAUGGUCUUGAAAUACUUGAAAUGUGAGGAACCAAAUCCUGUGGGAUCACAAGAUGUUGUCACCAUCAACAAAAGUGUGUGGUCAUCUAAAGCCUCAUAUGGACCUCUGAGUAUCCUUAAAUCUGCAGCAAAGGUUAUGAAAAAAACAGCAAGCACUAGCAAGAUACCUGCAGAUGUUCCCAAAUCUGGCUGUAUCAUACGCGUUAUGGUAGAGGAGUUUCAUAACGUGUUCAAAAGAAUUGUGGAUCUUCACUCACCGCUGUUUAGGGGAUCAGAAGAAGAUCCUAACCAGUACUUUGAGAUGGCUGCAAAAGGUGUUCAGACAAGAAGACUUACAGAUGAAAUGCCUCAAAAGGCAGUGGAAGUCACGAACUGGCUCAUUUGCUCAUGUAUGGACAGUACUGAAGCCCUCAAGUUUUCCCUCAGUGACAGUGGAAUAAGGCUUGGACUUGUACCAUGUGGAGGGGUGGCUGUUCUGCUUGCAGAGAAAGAGAACGGCUUAUGGACAGUGAAGACAAAUACCAUACCAAUCGGAGAGGUUUUUUGUUAUUUACCUCUCCGGAUCAAAACAGGUCUUCCCGUCCACAUUAAUGGUUGCUUUGCUGUGACCUCCAAUCGUAAAGAGAUUUGGAAGACUGACACCAAAGGACAGUGGAAUCAAGUGUUCAUGAGACAUGUCAUUGUGCAAGCAUAUUUAGCAGCACUCUCAAUGCUUCGCUCAAUGGCUGAAAAUGGAGAACUGGUCAACUACAGCUAUUAUGCCGUGUGGCCAGAUCCAAGUCAAGUACAUGAUGACUUCUCACUGAUAUGCCAGGGUGUCUACCAAGAAAUUUCAAAAGGAGGUGACUCUGAGCAUGCAAAGGUUUUCUCUGAUGGCAAAGUCUGGGUGUCUAUCAAACACAUUAGAUUUCUUGAUGAUGCCCUACUCUGUAGGUCAGAUAUUGGUCCUGCUGCUUUUAAGAUAUUCCUAAAAUAUCUCAAGAAGAGUGGCUCACAAACCCUUUGUGCUGUUGAGCUUCCCGACUGGGUGAAGGAGGGAUUUGAAGAUGCUGGGUGUAAAGGGAAACUGGCAGAAAACACUCUGACAGAGAAGCAGUUUUUCUCCGAUGUAUUUUUCCCACACAUCCAUGAAAUUGACAAAGAACCUCGUGAUCCCCUGAUGCUGUAUGUUUUGAACGAGAAACUUGAAGAAUUUGCAACAAUUCUCAGUGAUACUCCAUGUAUCCCUUGCACUGGCCCAAAUGAGAAUCUGGUUUUGCCUUCUAGGCUCAUUCAUCCAGAGGGAAGAGUUGCAAAAUUAUACAAUAGUGAUGAUGGGAGAUUUCCUGCAGGAACCUCUAAGGACUAUCUAAACCCAGUUUGUCUGGUAAAGCUAGUAGAGUUGGGCAUGGUCAAAGAUGAUCUGUCAUGGGAGGACCUUAUAGAGCGUGUUCAAUCUGUCACUGAUCUCAAUGAAAGUGACCACACAGCUGCAUGCUUUCGUAGCAGUAUACUACUGAGUCUUAUUGAUGAGAAACUGAAGAUGAGAGAUUCAGAAGCAGCUGAACAUUUAAAAAAGCUCAAGGACAUUAAGUUCCUCCCAUUCCUGACAAGACCUGCUGGCUUUUCACUCCCAUGGCAUGGGAAUGACUUUUCUCCAACAAAAAUGUUCUCUCCUGCAGAACUCUACACAACUGAGUAUCAAGACACAGUGUGUCUGAUGAAGCCAAUCCUAAAUGAAAAUUCUCCAUCUUUCAAGGGUUGUGGAACGAUGUCAUUGGCUGUGAAAGACUGUCUUGGUUUGAUAAGGAAGCCCUCAGUUGCACUGGUCAUUAGUCAGCUCAAGAAACUGUCUGAAUCAUUCGAUGGCAUCACACUGUAUCAGGAAAACAUAACAAAUGCCUGUUACAAGUUUCUUCAUGAGGAAAUGCUGCAGGAUUUUCAAGCAAAAGAGCAAGUAACUCAGGAACUGAAAGCAUUUAAUUCCAUCCUAGUGGAAAAUACAUACAUCAAUCCUGCCAAAGUUGCUUUCCACCUGAAUUUUGAUGUGGCUCCACAUCUUUUUCAACUCCCUAACAAAUACAGAAACAGCUGUCGUGAGCUCUUUGAAAAUAUUGGGGUACAGCCAAACUUCACAGUUGAAGAUUUCUCUGCCGUUCUUGAAGUUGUGAGGGAAGAUUUUGGCCACAAGCCUCUCACUGAGGAGAUCUUUCAGCUGUGUCGAAGAAUCAUUAGUGAAGGGAUAUGGAGUUUAAUACGAGACAAAAACCAAGAAUAUUGCAAGGCCAAUUAUGGUUGGAUUCUUUUACCUGACUCAAAACUGACUUUGCAGCCAUCAAAAUCCCUGUGUUACAAUGACUGCCCUUGGAUCCAAGUGAAAGACUCCUCUGUAAAAUAUUGCCAUGGGGACAUUCCAAGAGAGGUUGCUGUGAAACUAGGGGCUGUCCCAAAACGGCAUAAAGCUUUGGAGAGAUAUGCCUCCAAUGUCUGUUUCUCUUCACUUGGAAGCGAGUUUGGACAGAAAGAAAAACUCACAAGCAGGAUUAAAAGCAUUCUCAAUGCUUAUCCAUCAGAAAAAGAAAUGCUGAAAGAGCUGCUGCAAAAUGCAGAUGAUGCAAAAGCCACCGAAAUCUACUUUGUUUUUGAUUCCAGGACACAUCCCACAGACAGAAUAUUUGAUGAUAAAUGGAUCCCAAUGCAAGGCCCUGCCCUCUGUGUAUACAACAACCAACCUUUCACAGAUGACGAUAUCAGAGGUAUACAGAGUCUUGGAAGAGGUACAAAAGAGGCAAAUCCUGGGAAAACAGGACAGUACGGCAUUGGAUUCAAUUCUGUCUAUCACAUUACUGACUGCCCAUCCUUCAUUUCAAACAAUGAUAUUCUGUGCAUCUUUGAUCCACAUGCACAGUAUGCACCUGGAGCUACAUCUGAGAGUCCUGGACGAAUGUUCAAAGACUUGGACAAUGACUUCCGAUCUCAGUUUUCCGAUGUUCUAAAUCUUUACUUGGGGAAUCAUUUCAAGCUAGAGCACUGCACAAUGUUUCGAUUCCCUAUUCGCUCUACUGAGAUGGCAAAAGCAUCAGAGAUCAGUUCUAUCCCUGCAUCUGACAGAAUGGUGCAAAACCUUUUAGAUAAGCUAAAAAAUGAUGGAGCAGAACUCCUUAUGUUCCUCAACCACAUGGAGCAAAUAUCAAUCUGUGAAAUUGAUAAUGCAUCUGGAGAACUAAAAACACUCUAUACUGUGUCUGCCAAAAUUACCGAUGGUGAUCGGCUAAAACGCAAACAGUUUCAUUCCUCAGUCAUUGACAGUGUGACUAAAAAGAAACAACUCACGUCAAUCCCUGUCCAACAGAUAACCUACACGAUGGACAUACAGGAUACUGAUGGAAAUACAACAGCAUGGAUGGUCUGUAACCGAUCCGGCUUCCUUACAAAUGAAAAUGUCUCAAAGAGUGUGACUUCAGCUUACAAAAAUGGAGACAUAACUCUCUUUCCACGUGGGGGUGUAGCUGCAUGUGUAAGCCAUAACUACAGAAAACCCCUCAGAGCUUUCUGUUUUUUACCCCUCUCACUGGAGACUGGCUUACCUUUUCAUGUCAAUGGACAUUUUGCAUUGGACUCUGCUAGAAGAAACUUGUGGAGAGAUGACAAUGGAGUGGGAGUCAGAAGUGACUGGAAUAAUAACUUGAUGACAUUGCUGAUAGCCCCUGCCUGUGUGGAACUUCUGAUUCAACUGAAGCGUAGAUACUUCCCAGGUCCUGAUCCCACCCUGACCAUUCUACAAGGAACACCACUUCAUGUUGUCAAAGAUACAUUACGAAAGUACCUGUCUUUCUUCCCAGUCAACAGACUUGCCAUACAGCCAGAUUGGUACUGCUUGAUCAAAGCAGUUUACAGCAAUAUCCAUGCCAACUUGAUGCGCCUCCUUCCUGUCGUGAGAGCAGUGCAUCAUGACAGCUCUGACAUGCACUCUGUUGUUUACAUUUCCUGGGUGAAUACAUCAACCGCAAACAAGGGCAGAGCUUUUUUUGAUAAUCUGCUACAAGAUGAGCUUCAGCACCUGAAAAACACAGAGUACAACAUGACCUCAAGGAAGUCUGUGGCUGAAAAUGUCUACAGGUUGAAAACCUUGCUUCUGGAUAUUGGUUUUAACCUUAUUCACAGCUGUGAUGAGACAGCAAAUCUCUAUUUCUGCUUGGAAGAUGCAGGGAUACCAGUGCAUUAUGUGACGCCAGAGGAAGUGCGUGUCUUUCUCCAUACCUUUUCAUCACCAGAGACAUUUUGCCAAGUUGGAAAACUCCCCUGCCGUCUCCAACAGUCGAACUAUAAGCAUGUUAACAACUUGAAGCUUUUAGUUGAAUAUUGCUUCAAAGACAUGGAAGUAGAUAAUGUUGAAAUUGAGGGCCUGCCUCUGUUGAUAACGAUGGACAACAUGCUGCAGGUGUUGGAUUCCAAGAGACCUAAGUUCCUGACAACACAUUAUGACCUUAUCUCAUCUAGGAAAGAGCUGUUCAUGAAUACAAUGUAUAUAAGGUACAGCAACAUCCUUUUGAAGGCAGGAGCUGCAAAAAACUUUGACAUAAGCCACUUCGGUGACCUACUGGGCUCAGUUCUUUCAAGAGAAUACCGGACAAAGGUCCCUGUAAGAUGGAAAGACACCUUUGCAGGUGAAACUUGGUUGAAGAAUGUGUGGACCUUCAUCGGUGAAAACACUGCCGUUAAAGAUGAUCAGGUGGACAAGCCCAGCUUUACCACAGUGCUUGAUAUUCUUAAAGAUUGGGCUUUGCUACCAGGAAUAAAAUUCAUGGCCAGAGAAAGAAUAGUUGUCCCUGAGCAAGACAUACUUUUACCUCUGAGUUUGAUCAACAUAGCUCUCUUCCCACAUGGUCAAAAUGACAAAGUUUUUCACACUCUGAUGAAAGCAGGGUGCAUUCAGCUUGCAGUGAACAAAAUCUUUGCCAAAGAAAACCCAUUGAUUCCUUUUCUCGUCAAACACACUGUGAACAUUGAUAAUCCAUCAAGUGUUCUUAAAGCUGUGGAGUACAUGAUUCAGACAUCUGCUUUUAAAGUAGCAAACCUGAACGACAAAGACUUUGAGGCUCUCAUGAUGUAUUUUAAUUGCAAUCUGGCCAACCUGGCACAAGAGGACGUUCAAAGACUAAAACUUCUUCCAUGCUUCAAGUCAGUGAGUGAUAAAUACAUCAGCAUUGUGAACUAUGAAGCAAGCUAUGUCCUUGCAAAAAGCAUUCCUGUUGCAGACAUAGACAAAUGGGCACACACAUCCUCCUUUGCCUUUCUUGCUGACAGUAUGCAGCUUAGAGAGCUGUAUGCCUUCCUUGGCUGCAAGCCAAUUGAUGACUUAGAAAUCUACCUUCAUCAUGUCCUGCCAAAAUUUGAGAAUCUCACCUAUGAUGCAAGGGUUGAACAUGUCAUCUACUUGAAGGAGAGGCUUUUGUCAAUUGAAGAACCAUGCAAGAUAAAGGAUCAACUCUUUGAGAAGUUGGAGGGACUCUCGUUCAUCUAUGACUACUCAAACAGGCUAAGGCCAGCCAAGUUUUUCUAUGAUAAGACUGUGAAGGUGUUUGAUGCAAUGCUCCCCGCAAAACUAUUCAUACCAAAUGACUUUUUUAAGAAAGUUGAGCAUGUGUCAAAACCUAAGAAUGGGACAUUGUUGCUUCCCUCAUGGAUAACCUUUCUGAGAGGUAUUGGUCUAAAGAAUGAAGUGUCACCGCAGCAAGUUCUACAGUUUGCGAAAGAGAUCAGCGUCAGAGCUCAAACAGAGAGCUGGUCCAAAGAAAAAGCGCAAACUGUGGUCAAUGUUCUCUUGACUCACAUUUUCAAUGAGCGGACGGAUUUGUUCCAAGGCACUUUUCUUAAAGAACUCUCUAUGAUACCAUUCCUUUGUUCAGAGAAAGCCCCAGAAGAGCUUAUCCAGCUUCAUCCACAGUUUCACGACAUGAGUGGCUCACUUUCCCUGGUUCGCUUCUAUGGGUCUCAGGUCAAUCCAAAGUUCAAGCAAACAGAUGUCAUUCACUUGCUUUGGACAUCUUGCCCAAUUCUACCUGAAAAAGCAACACCAUCAAGCAUAAAAGACCAGGAGGGAAGCACUCUGACAGGACAAGAACAACUUGACCAAGUGUUGAACAUGUUAGGUGUUAAUUUAGACCCCGUGCUAGAAAAAGUCAUAAGCAACUGCAAGAAUAUCUGCAACAUUUCAAAUCCGCAUGAUGAGGUAGUGAAAACCAGGAACAAAGUUUUAAGGUCCACUUAUGAGUUCCUGAGUGCAGAAAAAAGAGAUUUCCAUCUCCAGCUCCGUGGGGUAGCGUUCGUUAUGGUGGAAGAUGGCUGGAAGUUGCUUAAACCUGAAGAGGUUGUCAUUAAUUUGGACAAUGAAUCUGACUUCAAACCCUACUUGUAUAAGCUACCUUUGGAGCUUGGUACCUUUCAUCAGCUCUUCAAAGCACUUGGAACAGAAGAUGUUGUGUCAACUAAACAAUACGUUGAAGUACUCUGGCGAAUUUUCAGAAGUUCAGAGGGCAAGCAACUUGAUCCAAAUGAAAUGAGAACUGUCAAAAGGGUUGUUUCAGGGCUAUUUAAGUCUCUCCAGAAUGAUCCAGUGGAGGUUCGCAAAGCUCUUGAAGACUUGAAAGAUUUAACAUUUUAUCUCCCAAGUCAUGAUGGUAGAUUAGCCAAAUCCAAUAGCUUGAUGUUUGAUGAUGCCCCACACUACAAAAGUAGAAUUCGGGGUAACAUUGGAGUUCUGAUGCUUGUGGACAUGAGCCAGUGUUAUCUUGGCAGGGAUCAUGCGUUCCACACAAAGCUGAUCAUGCUACUUCCACAGAAACUGAGACCCAAACUGUUAAGCAGCAUUCUUGAAGAGCAACUAGAGGAAGAUUCUCCAAAAAUGUGCCAGUUUGGAGCUCUUUGUUCACUCCAAGGUCGCCUCCAGUUGUUGUUGUCUUCAGAGCAGUUUAUCACGGGACUAAUCAGAAUAAUGAAACAUGAGAGUGACAAUGCAUACCUUGUGAAUGAAGAAAAAGCCAUUCGUCUCUGCAAAGCACUUUGUGAAGGAUUAAAAGUUUCAUGUUUUGAAAAACUCCAGACAACAUUAAGGGUGAAAGGAUGCAGUCCAAUCCCUCACAGCCGCAGUGAAACACUUGCCUUUUUAAAGAGAUAUGGAACAGCUGUGAUUCACCUUUAUAUCCAGCACUCAGACAGCAAAGACAUCAAUUUUCUUUUAGCACUAGCAAUGACACUGAAAUCUGCUACAGACAAUCUGAUUUCUGAUACAUCCUAUUUGAUUGCCAUGCUUGGAUGUAAUGACAUUUACAGAAUCUCAGAGAAGUUGGACAACCUAGGGGUAAAGUAUGACUCAACAGAACCUUCAAAACUUGAGCUACCCCUCCCUGGAACCCCAAUACCAGCUGAGAUACAUCACACACUCCUUAUGGAUCCCAUGAAUGUGUUUUAUCCAGGAGAAUAUGUAGGUUACCUUGUGGACUCAGAGGGUGGAGAGAUGUAUGGGUCCUACCAGCCUACAUAUACAUAUGCCAUCAUUGUUCAAGAAGUGGAUAAAGAAGAGGGGGAAAACACAAGUGUCCUUGGAAAAUGUUUCCAGAUUGACAUUGGUUACAGUGAGUACAAAAUAGUCAGUUCUCUUGACUUGUACAAGUUCUCAAGACAAGAUGAUACUACCCAUGCUCAUGACUCCAGUAUCCCAUCAGCAACUCCUACAAGCCCAAAUAGCUGUUCCUCUGGUCCAGGAGUAAUCCCUCCCCUUUUUACUCAGAAGGAAAAUCUGAGGACCUCCUCUCAAAAACAGUCUCCAAAAAAGAUCAAGCUUAAUGCAUUGCCUGAGAUUUUGAAGGAAGUAACCUUGAUAGUUGCACAAGCCUGGAAGCUCCCUGAGAUGGAAAGAAAGAAGAUGAUUCGAAGACUGUAUCUCAAAUGGCAUCCAGACAAAAAUGCAGAUAAUCUGGACAUAGCCACAGAAGUCUUCAAGCAUUUACAGACAGAGAUCAACAGAAUGGAGAAACAGUUUCUGGCUGAUCAACAAAAUACAGACAGAGCUUCCAGGAGAUCCUACUCCACAUCAUCAACUCGCUUCCAGUCAGAGAAAUUUUCCUUUCAAAGGUUUUAUUCAUCCUGGAACCAAGAAGCAACAAACCACAAGUCUGAAAGGCAGCACUUUAGGGAACAUUUUACAGGCAAUGUAGGUUCCUCACACUCCCCUCGUUUUUUUGUACCCCCUACUUUUAAAACAGUUGGUAACCCUGUAGAGGCCCGUAGGUGGCUUAGACAAGCAAGAGCCAACUACUCUGCUGCUCGGAAUGAUCUUCAUAAAAAUGCCAAUGAGUGGGUUUGUUUCAAAUGCUACCUGGCCACAAAGCUUGCACUUAUUGCUGCUGACUAUGCAGUCCGAGGAAAGUCAGACAAAGAUGUGAAGCCAACCGCCCUGGCUCAAAAAGUUGAGGAAUACAACUCUCAGUUAGCAGGUCUUGCCAAUGACGUCCAGAUACUAGAAGGCUAUGGAGUGGACAGCCUGAGAACUCGCUAUCCUGAUCUCCUGCCGUUUCCUCAAAUUCCAAACGACAGAUACACAUCUGAGGUGGCAAUGAGGGUGAUGGAAUGUACCGCACGUAUUAUCAUAAAGCUCGAAAAUUUUGUGCAGCAAAAAUUAUAG